AUAUGGCCUGUUCCCUUUCAAAUUUUGGGCUGUUCUCCUCACUUUGGUUAUUCCUUCAUCUAAGGAAGAAGCCCUUCAGAGUACUACGUCAAUAAUCACGGCCCCAUGUCCGCUCCUCCAGCGCCUGCACCAGUCUUAUCGACUGAAGAGACUUCGCCUUCAGUUGCAGAUGCAAAUACCCCAGAACAGCCGAUUGAGCCGGCUUCUCCCCACCAGCUUGAACAGGAAAUAGCAGCUGACGAUGAUUCUGUCUUGAGCGCCGGCGUCGACUCAUCGACGGCAUCCGUUGCUUCCAGUAUCUUAGAGUACCGAAAGUUCAAGGGAAGGUCGUAUCACUCUACCUACCACGACAGUAGCUAUCCAAUUCCCACUGACGAGCAAACACUGGAGAACUUUGAUCUCAUGCAUCACUUCUUGACACUGCUCACUGACGAUAAGCUGUAUCUGGCACCAGUCAAGGAUGAUGUUCAGAAAGUGCUUGAUGUUGGGACAGGGACAGGAAUUUGGGCGAUAGACUAUGCUGAUGAGCAUCCAAAUACUGCUGUCAUCGGUACAGACUUGUCUGCUGUACAGCCAGACUGGGUACCCCCCAAUCUGAAGUUCGAGAUCGAUGACUGCACUAAGCCCUGGACUUGGGACACAAAUACCUUUGACUUUGUGCAUAUGCGUUACCUUUUUGGUGCAAUCAGAGACUGGACUGCACUCUUCAAAGAGGCAUACAAUGCAGUCAAACCUGGAGGUUGGGUCGAGUCCUGCGAGUCCGAGCCCAUGACACAUAGCGACGAUGGUACCGUGACCAAUGACGGAUCAACCGCGCUGGGAGGAACCUGGGAUAAGAUGUUCAUCGAAGGAGGCAAGGCAACCGGAUGCUCUUUGUCGGUCCUCACGGAAGAUCUCCAGAUGAAGGCCAUGAAAGAAGCUGGCUUCGUGGAUAUCCAGGAAACCUUCUACAAGGCAAGUAAAGAGCCGCGCAAUAUUAUACGCACACUAACCAAUCGUACCUGGACAGAUCCCGUUCGGUUCAUGGCCCAAAGAUCCCAAGAUGGCGGAAAUCGGCCAGUAUGCGAAGCUUAGCCUGGAAUCCGAUCUUGUUGGCUAUUCACAAAUGAUUUGGCAUGAAGUUCUGAAGUGGCCAGCCGAUGGGUAUCAGGUUUUCCUGAUGCAGGUGCGAAAGGAUCUUCGAAACAAAAAACUUCAUCCUUACUUCAGGGUCCGAUUUGUCUGGGGCCGGAAGCCUGAGGUCGAGCAGAAGUGAGCGUUUCGGAAUCGUCGGGCAAGAGGUAUUUGUUUCGGCCGGUAUCUAGUAGGGUAGGUGAUGAUUAAUGUCGGGCUAUCAAUGUCACAAGAUCUGCUGCAUAGUUUACAAGCUAUACUAUCACUUAGUUAUGGCCCUGCAAUAUUUAAGUCUCUUGCAAGAAUAAACAAU